AUGCAUGACUCACACGCGUGCACACCACGGUACCGUACGGCGGGUUACGUAUCCGAGUCAGUGGUUUCCGCAGUUUUUCGAUGAUGGCAUAGCGGUGAUGACGACGUGCUGGAUACCGUGAUACGCCGCCCGAGAUCGAUUUUCAAGUGCGUUGCAACCAUGAAGCUCACUGUAUGCAUUAUUUCCACGUUGGUGCUGGGGGCAUCGGCUAUAAUACGUGUCCCGGAUUAUGUAGAAGUUCAAUCGCCGCCACGGAUAUCUAAACAGCCACCAACAGACGAGCAGUUGUUUCAAGUGGUCCAGGCAAAAGUCAACGAGAACGAUAAACCAUUAAUUGAAUGCGAAGCAGAAGGAGAACCAGCUCCAACGUAUCGUUGGAUUAAAAACGGAAAAAACUUUGAAUGGCCGGCGUAUGACGAUCGCAUUUCUCAACAGCCUGGUCGAGGUACCUUAGUGAUUUCAAGACCAAGGGACGAAGAUCUAGGACAGUAUCAAUGUUUUGCGGAGAAUGAAUGGGGUAUAGCCACAUCGAAUUCGGUGUUUGUUCGAAAGGCUGAAUUGAAUUCUUUCAAGGAUGAAAAUCCGAUAACUCAGAAUGCAAAUGAGGGUUCCCCCUUCAAACUUACCUGCCAACCACCAGAUGGCUGGCCUAAGCCGAACGUUUACUGGCUAAUUCAGGAUGUUAGCGGUGGUAUCAAGUCAAUCAAUAAUUCCAGGAUGACUCUGGACCCGGAGGGUAAUCUCUGGUUCAGCAAUGUCACGAAGUACGAUGCCUCGGAAGAGUUUUACUACGCCUGUGCCGCCACAUCUGUGUUCAGAAACGAAUACAAAUUAGGCAAUAAGGUUUUGCUAAACGUAAUUUCUACAGGUGCAUCCACCGGCCAGAACAAGUAUCCCCCCGAGAGACAAUAUGUCAGCAGGAAAAACGAGGUCGCUCUGCGCGGUAAGAAAGUAGAGCUGUACUGUAUAUUUGGUGGAACGCCUUUGCCGCAGAUCGUUUGGAGCAAAAACGGUCAACUGAUCAGUCCGAGCGACAGAGUAACUCAAGGGAACUACGGCAAGUCUCUUGUCUUAAAACAUGUCAAUUUCGAGGAUGAAGGAACCUACACUUGCGAGGCGUCGAACGGAGUGGGCGCUGCCCAGUCGUAUUCGAUAAACUUAAACGUGAUGGCUGUACCGUAUUUCACGGUCGAGCCGGAAUUCGUGAACGCCGCGGAGGACGAGACCGUGGAAAUUAGAUGCGAGGCCAGCGGAGUGCCCGUUCCCGAGAUCAAGUGGAUACACAAUGGCAAACCGAUAUCCGAGGCACCGCCGAAUAACAGACGGCGAGUCACGCCGAAUUCUAUCAUCAUCGAGAAGCUGGUGAAGAAGGACACGGGCAAUUAUGGAUGUAACGCCACCAACUCGUUGGGAUACGUUUACAAAGACGUUUACGUGAACGUGCUGGCGCUCGAUCCGGACAUCACGCAACCGCCCAUGGAUAUGAGUACGGUCGAUGGCAAGACCGUGCGGGUCACAUGUCGCGUUUUCGGCGCGCCCAAACCUGAGGUCAAGUGGAUCAGGAACGGACAGGAAUUGACUGGCGGUCGAUACAAGACUUUAGACUCGGGCGAUUUGGAAAUUGAAAAUGUGAUAUUCUUGGACGCGGGUACUUACACGUGUCACGCCUCCAAUAAAUUCGGCGAGGUAAAGGCGUCUGCCGUUUUAGUCGUGAAGGAACACACUAGAAUAACGGACGAGCCGGAGGAUUACGAAGUCGCGGCGGGCUCCACUGCCACAUUCAGGUGCAAUGCUGUUACUGAUCCCAGUCUACCUCUGGUUAUAGACUGGUUGAGUAAUGGUGAACCGAUAGACUUUGAGAUGGAACCCAGAUUUAUACGGAGCUCCGAUUAUUCUUUGAUGAUCACAAAGACGACCGAAUUAGAUUCCGGUACUUAUACUUGCGUUGCGCACACCGAACUGGACGAAGCGAGAGCGCAGGCGACGCUGAUAGUUCAGGAUGUACCUAAUUCACCGAGAUUAGUUGGUAUCACGUGCACGUCGAAGGAAGCCAUUGUUCAAUGGAUACCCAUGGGCGAUAACAGAGCACCCAUUCUGCGCUACACCAUUCAAUACAACACUAGUUUUACGCCGGAUACUUGGGAGAUAUCCAAAGAUUUUGUUCCCGCCACCGAGCAGAGAUAUUCAGUGCCCAUGUCACCGUGGGCUAAUUACACAUACCGCGUUCUCGCAUGGAAUAAGAUAGGUCCAUCUCUACCAUCACCACAUAGUGACGUUUGUACCACCUUACCGGAUGUCCCUUAUAAAAAUCCGGACAAUGUCAUGGGCAAAGGCAACACACCGCAAAAUUUGGUUAUCUCGUGGACGACUAUGCCGCAAGUAGAGCAUAAUGCUCCCAGAUUUAUGUACCGAGUGUAUUAUAAGAGAGAUAUACCCGGUGAGAAAUGGACUAUUCAAGAUAUAAACGAUUGGAGAAAAAACAAGUUGCUAGUGGAAAAUCAACCUACAUACCAGAGAUACAAGCUUAAAGUCAUCGCAAUAAACGAGAAGGGAGAGAGUAGAGCAUCGGCUGAGGAAAUUACCGGAUAUUCUGGGGAAGACAUACCUCAGCAAGCGCCAGGUAAUUUUACACUAAAUCAAGUAAAAUCGAGCACGACCGCUCAACUGUCGUGGAGUCAGGUGCCGGAAGAAUCGGUGAGGGGCGAGUUGCAAGGAUACAAAAUUCAGACGUGGACGGAUAAGGACGGCGAGAAAGGAAUGCGCGAGAUCGACAUUCGCGGCGGCAACAAGACGCAUGCGCUGGUCACAAAGUUUGUUCCGUACAGCAGGAAUAACGUGAGAAUACUCGCUUACAAUGGCAGAUACGCCGGUCCUCCGUCCGAGACUUUGAGCUUCGAGACACCGGAAGGAGUUCCCGGAACGGUACUUAGUUUUGAAGCAUUUCCCAUAGGAUCCAGCGCUCUGUUCCUUGUGUGGACGCGGCCCGCGGAACCGAACGGCAUCUUAACCGGAUAUAGGAUCUAUUAUCAGGUUGUGAAUGGCACGAAAUUAGGAACUCUUCUCGAGAGAAAACCGCAUGUUAUGAAUCCAGACGACACGACCGCCAAAUUACCUGGGUUAGCGCCUGACACGAUAUACCGCGUUCACAUACGUGCCACAACCAAAAUUGGCGAAGGCAAUGACUAUUUCAUUGAACAAAAGACACGAACGUCUAAAAAACCUGACGUCCCGCAAUUUACAUGGGAAACUGUACCAACGGAAAAUGGAUAUGCAAACGUGAGAGUAAUUUGGGUACCGAAUCUGAACGGCAAUCCGGGAAGUCAUUUUUAUGUUAAACACAAGCUCAAGGGCGAAACGAUAUCUACGGAGACUGAUCCCGAAUUUCUAUCGAACGGUAUUGAGUUGCGUGGUCUUCAAAGCGGUGAAGUCUAUGUGAUGUCGGUUGUUGCUGUCGACGGAGAUUACGUGACUGAAAGCGCUUCUCAAGAAGUGGAGACGAGCAGUGAAGGGCCCAUUAUUCAACCGAAGGAAAAUGUCGCAACGGCUGGUUGGUUCAUAGGAAUGAUGCUGGCGAUCGCUAUCCUCCUCCUAGUGCUGAUAAUCGUUUGCGUGAUUAAACGAAACAGAGGUGGAAAGUACGCGGUGCAUGAGCGAGAAUUGGCCGCUGGACGUGGCGAUUAUCCCGAGGAGGGCGGAUUCCAUGAAUAUUCACAACCACUGGACACCAAAUCGGCUGGUGGACGCGCGUCCUUAGCAUCAUCUUCUCAUCAGGAUGGCAAACAUCCUGAAUCGGACACGGACUCCAUGGCGGAGUACGGUGACGGUGAUACAGGUCGCUUCACUGAAGAUGGAUCCUUCAUCGGGCAAUACGGACCUAAAGGUAGGCCAGAGGAGACACCACCAAUUCCGACUGGCACUAUGGCCACGUAUGUGUAACAUCUACAGCUAUGUUAAUCAAAGUCGCAUAAAAAAAGGAAAAAAAGGAAAAAAAAAACGUUUUCUCGUUACGGUUAAGGAUCAGAGCCCGAUCCUUGGCUACUGCAGCAGCUCUGCUAUGCACCUUGCGCUGGGCGCAAUGUCCAACACUAUACUGCCAAUUAGACUCUGGGGAUUUGGGUUUUAUAGUUCCUAUAGAGUAAACCGUGACUGUCUUUCACACUCAUUUACACAUUUAUAGAUUUCCGAUGCGCAAUAAUCGGAUACGAGUUUUGAGUUUCUGAAAUAUUCAAAAACAUUCCAUAUAUAUUUUUUCGCUUUUUAGCAUUUUUGAACGUGUAACAAAAGUAAGUCAAUUUUUGUUACGAAUAUUUUUUUCUUCAUUCCAUUGUCAAGAGUGCUGAUAAUUUGCAAUACACAAGGGCAUAUCUCUAUUUGAAUGAUAAAACCCAGAAACUGUAGGUGUUUCAUAGCGUGCAAGCUAUUUAUGGAAAUAGUAUCGUAGAAACUAUUCUAGCAUUGAUCGUAAUAUUUGACAGAGCCAGAUUGAGUUGGACACGCCGAUUGGUGACAAGGUAUACGAAUUGUUCCAGACUUGUGACAUACUUUUAAGACUGCAUGUAGUAUCCAAUGUCAACAUGACGCGCGUUGAUUUCUAAAUUUAUUACGACGUACAUAUAUAUAAAUUUUUUAACUUAGUAUCGAGUAUUAUAAUUGAAAAAAAAUUUGGAAAUUGCUUUUGCUAAAAGUAAACAUUAUUGCUUAUUCAAUACAAGUAUUUGCACAUCUCUCAUUUUUCAAGUCAUUUAUUGCGUUGUUACUUACAUUUAUGUUUAUAAAUUUUUUUCUAAAUUAUCAGAUUACUCUUGAAAAAUGCUUUAUAGCGUCCACUUGAAUUGUAUCCAUAAGAAGAGAUUGGACAAUAUUGAAAUAAUUCAGAUUAACAUAAUUUUCUACCGUACAUAUAGAAUACAAAAUUAUUAGGGAUAAACGUAUAAGAGUAAAUAAAAAUAUUUCUUUCUCUUUUACGAGAGUUAAAUACUUGUAUCGAUAGCCAAUAAAAAUUAUUUUUAAUAGAAAUUCUUUUAUUCUAGUAAUAUAUUAUAUUCGAGUAACUGUAAUAUAUAUAUAUAUCGAAAUGUAUUCACAAAGUGUUAAAUCUUAGUGCCUAUAUUGGACUUGAAAAUAUUUAUGAUAAUGAAAUUAUUAAAUUUCUAAAACGUAAGUGACAUUCAUGCUUUAAAUGAGACACAUUAAUUGAAAUUUUCGCGAUAAAUGCUUUUAUUCUAAUAAAGCUUUAUUGUGAAAUUGGUGCACAAUGGAAUUAGAAAGUGUUUACGGCAAAUUUUUACCAUUUUAUAUUGUAUAAAUAAAGCGAAUAUACAAUAUAUAUAUGAUUUAGAUUAAAAAGAUCGUAUAUUAACUAAAGAUUUUGUAACGAAAAUAAAUCAAAAUGAUUUAAAACGCACGUUACAUGACAGAGUGAAUGAUACUAUACAUUUACAUGCAAUCUUGAAAAUGACAAACAA